AUGUCGCAAUACCAAAACGGCCAACAGCCAUACUAUGGCCAACCUACAAACCCUCAAGCCUCCGGUUUACCGUCCACCGUUCACUAUGACAGCUAUUCAUCCCAGAACCCCGUGCCGGACCAGCAUCUGCCUCGAAGGAUGCCAAGUUACAAUGCUGGGGAUGAUUCUCGAUACUUCAACCCUGCUCAGACCCAUAAUAUGAGAGCGACCGAAGAGAACAGGCAGUACCCAGCACAAGGUGGUGGCUAUGGUGACAACACGGGAGAUGGUAGCUACAACGCAUCGCAGGGAGCCUUUCAAGACGACAGAGACUCGAGAUAUUCGCGCACUUCCUCAGACACCAUGUCGCACAUGUCUCCGAGUCGCGCCUCUUCACAAACCUCCAGCAUGUCUUAUCAGUAUCAAUACUCUGGAGCAACAUCGUCAUCACAGCCGGCCUACAAUCCGCAGCAGUACGGCCUUCCACACACACAAUCGCAACCGGUCCUGGCUUAUAACCCCCAGACGUACACUGGCUCCAGCAAUGCUUACGCCGCUCCAGCCUCGGCCCACCAACCGUAUAAUCCUGCAGCAUAUCAGUCUGCCACAGUUUCGGGUAUGAGCUCUCCAGUUCUACCUAGAAGGCAGAGCGCAGCUUCACACUACGGACAGACACCGCCAACUCCACAAUCGUACGGCUUCUCCUCCCACCAAGCACCACUUCCACCCCUUCCACCGCCGAGGGGUGCUGACCAUCCGUAUGGAGGACGCUCGUACCAACCCAUGUCACCGAACCCAAUGUCGCCUACCCUCUCGCCUACUUAUGUCCCGUCAAGUUCCCCGGGCAUAAUGCAUAUGCCUCCACCUACAUCACGUCCGUAUUACAACAACUCACAAGGGGCGGCGUAUGACCUGGCAUCUUCCCAAUAUGUCCCAGCGAUCCCAAGCGGUUCCUUUGAAGACCAGCCUCCAACGCCUCCAGUUCAUCAGACUCAUGCAAAUGGUCUGUACGGGAAACGGCCAAGUGUAUCUCAUUCCGGGGCAGGGCGAAUGCUACCGACUCCUCCUGUGCAGACCGAAUUACCAAUGCGAACGGAAACAUUGACUCGACACCCCCAAUCGCGACCUCUUCCUGGACCACCAGUCGAUGAAGCCGGGACAAAUGGCAAUCGUAUGCCGGCGGAACCUCCCAUGGCAUAUGAAGAUGUGCUCAGAGAGGAUGAGGCGGCAGCGUUGGACUCUCAGAACUUUGCCCGGCGCCACAGCUCUAGAGCAUCCCAUACUAGCUCUGCUUCGCGAAUGCACUUCUCGCCCGACGAGGAACAUACUCACACCAACAAUCACAUGGACUCAAGCGGGGCAGGGUAUACCGUGAAUUACAAUGCGUACAGUGAUGAAAGCGAUCCUGAGGCUACUGCUGGCUUGAUCAUGUUGCAAGAAGCUGAAGCGAGCGAGAAGCGUCUUCAAGGGCGGAUGCGACGUGAGACCAAUGCCUCAGUUUCCAGCUCACGUGGAUCCAAUGUAUCACCAGGAGGCCAUUCGUCACACUCUGAUCCCUAUGGAGAUACUGGUAUCUUUGACCUAGCACAGGCUGAAGGAGGAUACCAAGCAAACCUGUACUAUGGGGAGGAGAACUCAGACCCUGCUGCAGGCAACAGAUUUCCAGAUACAUCUGGUUCAUUCAGAAGCUCUGUGUCUCCCGAUGACCGUGGUGAGUAUCAUGAUGAAUACGAGCAUCCGCCUAUUGCAUAUGAAUAUGCCAGACGCCUCCAUCAUGCGCCAGCUGAUGCCAGAGUAGAUGCCAGUGGCACAGGGGGAUUGACAGCACCUGAUGCUUAUUCCAGACGGAUGAGCUUUGACUAUGGCGAUGAAGGAGAAACACCAUAUCAGACCCACUCGGGGGAUCAGUCCGACGAUGAGAGCCCCGACCCCUACCCACACGAAGAUCUGUUCUUCCACCCUGAGAUGCGUCCAUUACCACCAGCACCUGUUCGGCCUGCUGGUACUGUUGAUCUCUUGUCACAUUUGGUGCCAGCGGGCACAUAUAACCAUCAAUCGGGGCACCAAGAUGACUUGGAUAGUUAUCCACAGUAUAACAACCCUUCCAUACCGAGCUAUGCGGACCCUCAUGGCGAUACUAUGCUGAGCCCGUCCCAAGUUCCGCGGUCAUCGUCUUUGUCGACUCCUAUUGGUCCUCGUACUGAUGCGCCUAUCAGAUCUAAGACCGAUGCAGAACGGCUGAGAUACAAGCAACAACAGCAAGAACUCGCUCUGCAGCUUCAGAAAAAGGACCUACCUCAUAUAGACCCAGUUGCGGGAGCGGAGUUGGCCCUGGAUCUUCCAACACUCCCGGUAAACCCGCGAAAGAAGUUCCAUCCCGCGAGGCUGUCGUCAGAACAAUUCAAGAAGUGUAGCGAGCCGUGGGCUUUGAGUUCUCUCUUGUCCUGGAUCAAAGAUUUGAGCGAGGAUGAAACAGAUCUCAGAGAGCAAGCAAUUGCAGAUGCCAUGGUCGCAUUGUUCACUCAUAAAGUUCCCACAAUGAAUAUCGCUGAUGCCGAGACACUGGCUGCUCGAGUUGUGAGCGGCAUGCUUGCUGAAGGUGCAUUGGUAAAAGAAGAAGAAUGGGUCAAGUUUGGCUCAGGCACUCUCUCGGGUAUCCUGUUCCAGAUCACUGGCACUGGAUGCUACUCUCCCAGGCUCCACUUGCACGAAAUGCACAUUGAAGAUACUGAUAGUUUCGGCCGAUGCUACUCGCAUCACUGUAUGCGGACAUUGAAGAAGGUCAAUCUUAAGGCACAGAUGAUGGCACCGCAGAAGAAGAUCGAGGACUGGGUCACUUUCUACAAGGUGCCAAAGGAGGUCUGGGAGGCUCAUCCGAAAAAAGAGGUGGAUCGACAGAACAAUUUGCACGAGAUUGUCACUACAGAAGACUCUUACAUCGCGCAACUGGAUGUCCUACGAGAGCUUUAUCGUGAUCAACUGGCCAAGAUGAAUCCUCCGAUCAUCCCGGUGAAACGAUUAAACAAAUUUUUGACCGACGUAUUUGGAAAGGUCGAUGCUGUGAAGAGGGUAAACGAGGAUUUCCUGUUGGCACAACUCAAAUACCGCCAAAAAGAACAAGGACCUUUCAUCUCUGGAUUCAGUGACAUCUUCCGGGAAUGGAUUCGCAAAGCUAAGAAUGUUUACAUCGAUUAUGCUGCAACCUUCCCAACGGCGAACUAUCUUGUGCGCAAGGAGGCUGAGCGGAAUCCGCACUUCAAGCAGUUCCUCAACCAAGCGCGGGACCACAAACUGUCAGGUCGCCUGAGCUGGGAUACGUUCCUCAAGGCCCCGAUUACCAGAAUCCAGCGAUAUACCCUUCUGUUGGCGACUGUCCACAAGAAUAUGGUCAAGGAUUCCGAAGAAAAAGCAAAUGUGGCACAAGCUAUUGAAGAGAUCAAGAUCGUGGCACUGGAAUGUGACAACAAAGUGGGAGAGAUGAACAAGAAGGCCGACUUGAUGGAGUUGGCAUCCAAGCUGCAAUUGCGACCCGACAUGAAGAAGGAAGUUGAACUCAAUCUCGAACACUUGGGUCGGCAGAUCAUCCAUCGAGGCGAGCUGCAACGUCCUGGCACCCGCACAAGAUUCCUUGUCGAUACACACGCCAUCCUGUUCGACCAUUAUCUAGUACUUGCCAAGAUAUUCACAAUGCGCGACCGGGCAGUGAAGUAUGAACGAUACGACAUCUCAAAGCUGCCUAUUCCAAUGGAUCUAUUGGGCCUGGAAAGCACUGACGAUGAUCCUGUGAUUAAAUCAUCCGUCAGGGGAGUUUCGACUGUCACACCCUCCCAGGCGGGGACUGUUAGUCCUCUUGCGCAUUCAGGGUCUGGUGCAUCCGGAGUAAACGGGGCCGUUGACAACUCAAGGGAUGAUAAGAUCCUAUACCCUUUCAAAAUCAAGCAUCUAGGCAAGACUGGAACAUAUACUCUUUACGCUUUCUCCGCACAAAGCCGCGUGGAAUGGUGCCGAAAGAUCAUCGAAGCGAAGACAAAGCAUGCCGCUGCUCUCUUCUCGCAGAACGCCGAGCCAUUCCGGCUGCGUGUCGUUGCAGACACUGCGUUCGCAUGCUCUGAUCAAACGAGUGGCUCUAAAAGUGUCACCAUAGAGGGAACCCCUCUUCAUCGUGCGAUCAAGGAAGUCGAGAAGCAAUAUGAAACCUCGAAGACUCGCCCUCCAGCAGUAUGUAAGACUGCAGUUCACUGUGCUACGGUGUUCCAACAGCCGCCUGGGCGCAUCAUGUGUGCAAUUGGCACAGAUAAUGGACUUUACAUGUCCGAGCUCAAUAACCCGCGGGGCUGGCAUAGGGCCAUCCCCAUUAUGCGGGUUACACAAGUUGCCGUGUUUGAGGAUUUCAAUUUGCUUCUGUUGAUUGCAGAUCGGUCUUUGAUUGCAUACCACCUCGACGUGGUCUGUCCCGCCAAUGGGAAAGCCUCCCAGUCAUCUCAAGACUCUGCUCGACGAGCUCCGCAGAAGCUGUCUGGAAAUCGUGAAGUGGGCUUCUUUGCCGCCGGUCGUCUGAAGGAUCGGUACUUGGUGUUAUACAAAAAGCGUGAGGGACUAUCAUCUACAUUCAAGGUUCUCGAGCCCGUCUUACAGAAGUCUUCCACGAACAAAAGCCGCCUUUUCUCGCGUCGCUCACAAACGGAGUUCUUCCGCGACUACGACGAGUUCUACAUCCCUGCGGAAACUUACCGAAUUAACAUGUUCCACUCCUCGCUUGCCAUCUCAACACAAAAGGGCAUUGAAGUCCUCACUCUUGACAAGAAACACUCAUGGUCUGUUCCAGACUUUAGCUCCAACGAUACCCAGGAUGCACAUGAUACUCUACACAGCAUUGCCAAUCGCAUCAGCGGGCUCAAGCCACUAGGCAUGUUCCGUCUCAGUGAGAGCGAGUUCCUGGUAGCUUACCAGCAGUGCGCUGUGUACGUCAACAAGCACGGCGACGUCUCCCGCAGUGUGGUCAUGGAGUUUGUGGGCAACGCACAUACAGCCUGUCUCUAUGGCAAGUUUCUGAUUCUCUUCAAUGAGGACUUUGUUGAAGUCCGCAACGCCAUGAACGGCCGCUUACGCCAGGUUAUCCCCGGCCACAAUGUCGUAUGCAUUGAUGACGGCAGCAAGGUGCCUGGCUCCCUCGAUGGCAAUGCACAGGCUCUCAGCGGUGGCGCGAUGAGUCUUUCCAGCGGCUUCUCCAGCACCACCAAUGGCUUCCCAGCCCCCACGGGCUUGGGCAACACGGUUAAAAUCUGCAUGCAACAUCCAGAGUAUGAGCGGUGCCAGAUUGUCUUGGAGCUUCUCGAGAACGAGGGCCAGAAAGACUAA